AUGAGAAGCCUUAGGAAAGGGGGCGUGGUCCCUAUGAGGCACUGUGGAGCCAGGGUGAAGCAGUCAGUCAGACUUAGCAGGAAAAUCAAUAAAGGCAAAUUGUUUGCAGCUGUUCACAGAGCACUUCUUGAUAAACAAGAUUUUGCCAUUAAAGAGUACAGAAUAAGAGGUUGCUACAAAAUAGUCUAUGGCUCUCACCAGAUAAUCCCAAAUGAGCCCUUGGGCAGUCAACGGGACCAGGCUAUGUGGAGCAGGGGGUGGUGCUCAUCCAGGAGGCUUGGGCUGUGCAGGAGCCCACCGGGACUGGGGUGGGGGGCUUGGGCAUGGCGGGGUGCAGGUCCUGAGCCCUGCCCCACUGGGAGGCAGCUGAGAAUUCAAGUGCAGCAUGGGCGGGCUGGCAGUGCCGGGGGACCCGGCGCACUCUCUGUAGCUGCUGGCCUGGGUGCUCAGCCCCUCACUGCCCAGGGCUGGUGGCUCUGGCUGGCUGCUCCCAGUGUGGGGCCUGCUGAGCCCACGCCCACCUGGAACUCGUGCUGGCUGCGAGCGCCAUGCGCAUCCCCGGUUCCCUCCUGUGCCUUUCCCUCCACACCUCCCUUACAAGAUGAAGCAUCAAGUGCUCAUGUAGUAGCUGUAUCAAGUUAUCCAGAAGAUCUUGUUAAGGUCAUUGAUGAAGGGGUACACCAAACAACAGAUUUUCAAUACGCCAUUAAGAAUAUUUGUAAUUUAUGUGGGGAGGUCAAAAUAUUAACAUUUACAGGAGUUUGGAAGAAGUUAGUUCCAACUCCCAUGGAUGAAUUUGACGAUUUCAAGACUUCAGCAGAGGAAGAAGCUGCACAUGUGGUGCCAUCUCAGCCAUCAGGAACCAUCAUCACUGAUCAGCUAGCAGCCGUCAACACUCAGCUGCUCAAGACAGAUGAAUUAAAAAAAGACACAUUUAUGCCUCUGAGUGCACCAGAAGCUUUUGAAUCUCUAUUCUAUUUAAAUACAAGUGAAACUUUUGAUGAAGCAGAAAAUAAUAUGAAAUUUAUGUUCAGGAAAUGUGAGCACCGUGCUUUCAGUGGCAAAAUUUCAAGUUCUAAAUUCAGUGUUUUUGACCUCAAACUAACUUUUUUGGGCCACGUUUAUGGGACUGUUCCCUUUUUCUUGUGGAGAAGUUUUUUAUCGGUUAGGAGUCGGCUCUAUGUGGGAAGAGAGAAAAAGCUUGCUAUAGCACUUUCUGGACUAAUUGAAGAAAAAUUUACACUACUUGAAAAAUUUGGCCUUGUUCAAAAAUAGUGUGAAGGCUAUGAAGUAGAGUCAUCUUUAGACGCUGCCAGCUUUGUGAAGGAGGCAACGGGAGCACAAAGUUUGGAGGCAACCUGUGAAAAGCUGAACAGGACCAAUUCUGAACUGGAGCAUGAAAUACUAUGUCUAGAAAAGGAGUUAAAAGAAGAGAAAUCUAAACAUUCUGAAGAAGAUGAGUUGAUGGCGGAUAUUUCCAAAAGGAUACAGUCUCUAGAAGAUGAGUCAAAAUCCCUUAAAUCCCAAGUAGCUGAAGCCAAAAUGACCUUCAAGAGAUUUCAAAUGAAUGAAGAACAAAUGAAGAUAGGAAUACAGGAUGCUUUGAAUGAAAAUUCUCAACUUCAGGAAAGCCAGAAACAGCUUGUGCAAGAAGCUGAAGUAUGGAAAGAACAAGUGAGUGAACUUAAUAAACAGAAAAUAACAUUUGAAGAAUCCAAAGUACAUGCAGAACAAGUUCUAAAUGAUAAAGAAACAAUCGAGACUCUGACUGAAUGCUUGCUAAAGAUCAAAGAUCGGGCUGCUAUGCUGGAAGAAGACCUAAUGGAUGAUGGUAAGUUGGAAUUAGAAAUGAAUAGUGAAUCAGAAGAUGGUGCUUACUUAGAUAAUCCUCCAAAAGGAGCUUUGAAGAAACUGCUUCAUGCUGCUAAGUUAAAUGCUUCUUUAACAACCUUAGAAGGAGAAAGAAACCAAAUUUAUAUUCAGUUAUCUGAAGUUGAUAAAACCAAGGAAGAGCUUAGAGAGCAUAUUAAAAAUCUUCAGACGGAACAAGCAUCAUUGCAGUUGGAAAAACAUUUUGAAAGUGAGAAUCAGAAGCUUCAACAGAAACUUAAGGUAAUGACAGAAUUAUAUCAAGAAAAUGAAAUGAAACUCUACAGGAAAUUAAUAGUAGAGGAAAAUAACCAGCUAGAGAAAGAGAAACUUUCUAAAGUAGGUGAAAUGAUCAGCCAUGCCGCUGAAGAGCUGGAGACCUGCAGAAAGCGAGCCAAAGAUCUUGAAGAAGAAUUUAAAAGAACUAUUCAUUUUUAUCAAGGGAAUAUUAUAUACCAUGAGAAAAAAGCACAUGAUAAUUGUUUGGCAGCACGGACUGCUGAAAGAAACCUCAAUGAUUUAAGGAAAGAAAGUGCUCACAACAGACAAAAAUUAGCUGAAACAGAGUUUAAAAUUAAGCUUUUAGAAAAAGAUCCUUAUGCACUUGAUGUUCUUACAGCAUUUGGCAGAGAGCAUUCCUCAUAUGGUCCCUCACCAUUGGGUCGGCCUUUAUCUGAAACAAGAGCUUUUCUCUAUCCUCCAACUUUGUUGGAGGGUCCACUCAGACUCUCACCUCUGCUUCCAAGGGGAGGAGGAAGAGGCCCAAGAGGCCCAGGGAAUCCUCUGGACCAUCAGAUUACCAAGGAAAGAGGAGAAUCAAUCUGUGAUAGGUUUACCGAUCCCAGGGCUCCUUCUGACACUGGGUUCCUGUCACCUCCAUGGGAACAGGACCGUAGGAUGAUGUCUCCUCCACCAGGACAAUCAUAUCCUGAUUCAGCUCUUCCUCCACAAAGGCAAGACAGAUUUUAUUCUAAUUGUGCUAGAGGCUCUGGACCAGCAGAACUCAGAAGUUUUAAUAUGCCUUCUUUGGAUAAAAUGGAUGGGUCAAUGCCUUCAGAAAUGGAAUCCAGUAGAAAUGAUACCAAAGAUAAUCUUGGUAAUUUAAAUGUGCCUGAUCCAUCUCUCCCCGCUGGAAAUGAAGCGACUGGCCCUGGCUUUGUUCCUCCACCUCUUGCUCCAAUCAGAGGUCCGUUGUUUCCAGUGGAUAUGAGGGGCCCGUUCAUGAGGAGAGGACCUCCUUUCCCUCCACCUCCUCCAGGAACCAUGUUUGGAGCUUCUCCAGAUUAUUUUCCACCAAGGGAUGUCCCAGGUCCACCACGUGCUCCAUUUGCAAUGAGAAAUGUCUGUCCACCGAGGGGUUUUCCUCCUUACCUUCCCCCAAGACCUGGAUUUCCCCCACCCCCGACCCCACAUUCUGAAGAUAGUGAGUUCCCUUCAGGGUUGAGUCUGCCUUCAAAUGAGCCUGCUACUGAAGAUCCAGAACCACAGCAAGAAACCUGACAAUAUUUUUG